AUGAUGAGACCCAGCCCGUACCGGAAUUGGAUCGAACCAUGCAAGUUCGAGACACACGCCAGCAUCCGUUGUAAGACUCGUGGUAUGGGAGCGGGGCGCAAGCUCCAGCUGCUGCGUCGCAACCAGCGGUGGGCUGACAAGGACUUCAAGAAGUCCCACCUGGGCUCCGAGUGGAAGAAGCCCUUUGCUGGUGCCUCUCACGCCAAGGGCAUCGUGCUGGAGAAGAUCGGCAUUGAGGCCAAGCAGCCCAACUCCGCCAUCCGGAAGUGCGCCCGUGUGCAGCUGAUCAAGAACGGCAAGAAGAUCGCUGCCUUCGUGCCCAACGAUGGCUGCCUGAACUUCAUCGAGGAGAACGACGAGGUGCUGAUCGCUGGGUUCGGUCGGCGAGGCCAUGCCGUCGGAGAUAUUCCCGGCGUGCGCUUCAAGGUGGUGAAGGUGGCUGGUGUGUCCCUGCUGGCCCUGUUCCGUGGCAAGAAGGAGAAGCCACGUAACUAG